ACAACAACAACGGUGUGUUUUUCUGAAGAGAACAAGAGAACAUAUAACACGGUUUAUAUGUAGAAAACAACGAGACAAAACGUCUACAAAGGAGAAGAAGCGAUUAUACGGCGGAGAAAGUCCGGAAAAAGUGAUUAAAGUAGAGAGGAAGCGGCGGACCGGAAGCUGCAGUGAGGAAUUCGGGCGCGAAGCGGCGCCUUGUGGACGACUUCAACAUGUCAACUCUGUUUUCCACAUUUAAGGUCAGAUUUAAGCAUCUGACAUAAAUAUGGCACCCUUGUCUAAGCAGAGGCUAACCCACUGGGUGGUGGACAUCAGUUCCAUGGCCUAUAGAUGGGCCAGACAAAUACCACUCUACAGGGAGCAUCUCUUCUUUUUAGGUGUUCAGCUCUAAGAGGUCAGCACUGCUGCUACCUGGGCAUCGCCAUGUACCUUCUCCAGGUUCUACAAAGUUAAUUUCACCCAUCACAGUGGUGUAAGUAUGAUGAAGAUUUCUGAGCACCUUUUUGGUUAGUCCUAAGGUGAAUCUUGUUCUUCAUGACAUUGUUGGUGAUAUGUGAUUCACAUGCUUCUCACCACCCCUAGUUACUUGUGUAACUGUGGUUCUAUGAUCCAAGAUAACUGCUGGAAAAUUGUUCUCCAGUACCUUGUCAUUCAGAAAAAGCUGAUACAGCAAGAACACAAAAAAAGUUUGCAUGACAGCUGUAUUUAUUGCGAAUACUACGUCAUAUGCUACUGUGUGACGAGAGCCUUAGCAUGAGUGCACACGACUACAAGAAGAUGAAUCUCACCUGUGCUACUGUUUUUUUUUUUUUUUAAGAAUUCUUGUAGCGUUCACUUUGUCUUUUAUGAAGGUUGAGCCUACAAAGAUGAAACAUUUAUAUGAAUUACUGAUGGAAAGUUGCAUGAUGCAUUUCUUCAUAACCACCUCCUCACCUGGAUUUGCUUGCUCUACCAUGUUUGUAAGGUUUUGGUUUAACAUGAAGAUGAUGAGAGAUUAGGAGAGAUCCAAGGCGACCUCAAAUAUGGAUGGAAUUAAAAUAUAAAUAAUAGUGAUGUCACAUAACAUUCAUCCAAAGAGAAAGGGAAAAGUGGUAUGCCAAUUUUAUGGAUGAUUUUUGUCAUUUGUUUAGAUUCAAGAUUGACAUUAACUUACAUUUUUUUCUAAUCGAACCCUGUUUUUAGUUUACUUGUACCUUGACAAGGUACAAGUCUUAACAAACCUUGAUUUUUCACUUGUCACUAUUGAACUCUUUUCAUCUUUGUGCUGUCUGCUCUGUCACUGUUUGACCCGAAGUGUUCACACUGACUGUGUAGUGCCACGUUCGACCUGACUAAACUCUCGCUGGGAUAGAAAUCACAGUUUCCAUAUAUAGCUGUGAGAUAAAGUGGAUGGAGAAGGUUCAGUACGAGUGAAGAAAAUGUGCCUACGUAAGGAAACGUGCUUCAUCGCAGAUUAUAAUGCACACACCUAUGGAUGAGUGGCAUUUUAAGAACGAAAGACCGACUAUCAGAAGCAGCAGAUCGCCUCCACGAUGGAAGCAGCAGGAGAACGGAGGAGACGCAGAACCCGGAAGUCGACGCCAACCGUCCCCGCUAUAGACUCCGUCCACUUCCCACAAUGGACAUCUAUGGAGCUUCCGGACCCAUUUGACGGAUUUUUCGGUGCCCCAGGGUAUUUCCUGGUAGACUGUCAAUGCUAUUUCGCCAGCCUGUUAGACCCUAAGCCAAAGGAGAAGCAAUGGCUCCGAUUUAUGUGGUCCCGGUUCUUUGGACCGGCCCGUCACCGUUGGACGGUGUAGAACAGUUUGUGGGGGAUUUCAUGUUGCGAUUCGGGAGUCCGGAGGCGAAGGAGGAGCUAGAACAACUUCUCAGGGGGUAAGUCUGGAAGGCGAACCUGCCCUGCCGUUUACCCACUACUACAGGCAACGUCAUACAGAGCUCAACCCUGAGAUCCAAGCCAAGCCUCCAGUCCCUGAGAUCCAAGCCAAGCUUCCAGUCAGGAAAGUCCAAGUCCCAGUCAGGUCUCAGGUCCCUGAUAUCCAAGUCCCAGUCAGGUCUCAGGUCCCUGAUAUCAAAGUCCCAGUCAAGUCUCAAGUCCCUGAGAUCCAAGUCAAGCCUCCAGUGCCUGAGAUCCAAGUCAAGCCUCCAGUGCCUGAGCUCCAGGUCCAGCCUCCAGUGCCUGAGCUCCAGGUCCAGCCUCCAGUGCCUGAGCUCCAGGUCCAGCCUCCAGUGCCUGAGCUCCAGGUCCAGCCUCCAGUCCCUGAGCUCCAGGUCCAGCCUCCAGUCCCUGAGCUCCAGGUCCAGCCUCCAGUCCCUGAGCUCCAGGUCCAGCCUCCAGUCCCUGAGCUCCAGGUCCAGCCUCCAGUCAGGAAGGUCCAAGCCAAGCCUCACGUCCCUGAGCUCAUGUUCAAGCCUACUGAUCCAAAUGACCAAAUGCUGCUCACGCCCAAGUUUACCGACCCGGUCGCCCCAGUUCCACCCGCGCCACAGUCCGCCGACACGACCAGCCAAGCUCCGCCCGCGCCACAGUCCGCCGACACGGCCAGCCAAGCUCCGCCCGCGCCACAGUCCGCCGACACGGCCAGCCAAGCUCUGCCCGCGCCACAGUCCGCCGACACGCACCCCCAAGCUCCGCCCACGCCACAGUCCGCCGACACGCACAGCCAAGCUCCGCCCGCGCCACAGUCCGCCGACACGCACCGCCAAGCUCCGCCCGCGCCACAGUCCGCCGACACGCAUCGCCAAGCUCCGCUCGCGCCACAGUCCGCCUUGCAACACAGCCAGCAGAGUAACCUGAGCAUCUGGGGCUUUCCACUGCAGGGGAGGCACACCUUGCUGCGCAGUCCAGAGGUGAAGGCUGGCCCAGAAAUUUUUUUUGGGGGGGCAAUGAGGACAGCGGGGCUCCAGCCUGAGGCCUACGGGGAGGUCUCAGCUGUGGAGCUCUCACCUGAGGUCAACAUGGCGACCUCAGUGGGACAGGCCGAGGAGGCUGUCCCGCUGCCAUGCACAGCCGAGGAGGCUGUCCCGCUGCCCUGCACAGCCGAGGAGGCUGUCCCGCUGCCCUGUUCAGCUGCGGACGUUGCUCAGCCUCCCCGUUCAGCUGAGGUCGUCGCUCAGCCCGCCUGCUCCGUGGCAACUAGCGUUCCCUCCUUCUGCUUCGAGGAGACCCACGCUCAUCUCCCUGGCCGCACGGGGGACUUCUCUCGGCCUUCCAGUUCAGCUGGGGACGUCGCGCCGCUUUCAUGCUCUCCCGAGGAAAUAUCUCAGCCUCCCUGUGCCAUUGUAGAAGCCGCCCGGCCUCCUGAUUUUGCGGUGGACAUUUUCUCCAGGGGGCCAGGACCACCAGAUGGAGGACGUAUAAUUUUGGGCGCUCCGGGAGUAGCGCCCUUGGGGGAGGGUUCUGUCACGUAUCAGGAAGCUCUGGACUCCACUUCCCAUCAGCCACUGCACUGCACUACAUGUCACAUGACCACCUGCACCUGAUUCACGUUUUGGUUAAUGAGCACUCGUGUAUAUAUAGCCAUUGUCUGUACUGAUUCACUGUCUUUCGUUGUCUUAGACUCCCGUUGUUCAUGUCUCGAUGUUUGUUUCUUGCCACAGUGUGUUUCAAGGUUGUCAUAGUGUAUCUGUUUCUUAGUACGUUUCUUUAAAUAAAUGUCUUUAUCUGCAUCUGCAUCUACUUCUAGCUCAACCCACGGAUGGUGACAAAUGAUAGCAUAUUAGAACAAGUACAUUAAUGAAAACCUGUGAUUUGCCUUGCCACUGGAACUACUGUCAGAGCUGCUGUUGUACAA